AUGUCGGCACCGGUCGCUACACCGGGAGCAACGACGGCCACCCAAGAUCUGAACGACGACGUGCUGACCGAGAUCCUGCUCCGCCUCCCUUCCGAAGCCGUUCUCCGCUUCCGCGCCGUCUGCAAGGCAUGGCGCCGCAUCACCAGCAGCCCCGUCUUCCUGGCCGCCCACGCCCGCCGUCGCCCCCUCGAGCUCAUCGUGCAGCGCCGCGGCGUGAGCGGCGCGGUGCUGGACACCAUCCCGCUCCUCACCCUCGACGAGACGAGGCGCCGGUGCCUCCCCGUCAAGUAUCCCGAGUACACAGGACCCCCGGAACCUUUCUGGAGAGGCUACUCCCUGAUCGGCUCCUGCGACGACCUCUUGCUCUUCCAGAGAGGCCCUUGGAUCGAUCACUACGUCUACAGCCCGGCAACGCGGCAGUGGACCAUGCUGGCUCGUCCCCCGGGCACCUGCAUGCUGCUCUGCGGCUUCUACCUUCACGGGCCAUCAGGUGAGCAUCGGAUCCUGUACUUCACCGACGACCAAGAAGGGUCGCACUACGUUUCCUCGCUCGAAGUCGCCGGGGCCCGCCGGCUGGGGCCCGCGGUAUCGGUCGUCGUAUAUAGCAGGCGGAUCCCCUUCUUUUCCCUCGAUUAUCGCGGCAAGCUCCACUGGCUGCGGCAUCCCUGGGUUCUGUUUCCAGGUGAUGCGCUCGAGGUGGUGUACGCGGACAUGAUACUAGCGUUUGACACCGUGUCAGAGACGUUCCGACGGAUAUCUCGCCCGCCACGGAGGAGCACCAACCGCGGCGUCGAGGAGUUCUUCCUGCUGGAGAUGGACGGGAAGCUUGCCAUGGCGGCUUUUCUCGACGGAUCGAUGGACCUCUGGGUGCUGGAGGACUACGACAACGACGGGAGCUGGGCGCGCCGGUUCCGGGUGCGCUUGCCGCCAGCGUUACGGCAUGCGACGCUGGCGAUGAAGCUAGGUGUGGAGGGCCAAAAUAAUGUGAUUCUUUUGGGAGACUGCUGGAAUGCUACGGUGGGACUGUACCAUCUGACGAAGAAAAGGUUGUUGAAGAAAAUCCAGUUUGUUACCGCUGAUGGUCCACGGGAUUCUCUUCCUCGCACCCAGCUGAAUACUAUUGUGUUCCGGGAUAGCCUUAAGCGUCACGCAUUCUUCGAUUCUCGUGGAGCCCAAUAA